CUGUAAAUUUCAAGAUCCAAAUGUUCAUAAUUGUGAUGAUUCAAAUUUAUAUAGCUGUAGCAACUGUGUCGCUGUAUCUUCAUCUAUUGAUAGUGGUAAUAAAAAUAUUAAUCGUUUCAUCAAAAACACACAAACUUCAACUGAAAAAUAUUUAGAAUGGGUUCCUUUUAAAGAAUUUAACGAUCUAAAGAAAAUCGGACAAGAUGAAAUCAAAGAAUAUCUUCCAGAUAAAUAUGAUAUUUGGUUAGAAUUUAAAAAAGCUGAAGAUAAACGACUUGAAGUAAUCAAAUCCAAAAAACCAUUUGUAAAAAAUCCAGGAUAUGAGCAUCCUAAUUCUAGAUAUUAUAGUAAAUUGUUAAAUCCUAUGUUAGAAUCUAUUAAUUCAACAAUAACAG